GUUGGUAUUUAAAGGCUUUAUAUAUAUGAGGAAUUCUGUAAAAUGCAAGUCUUGGUUUAGAGUUUAGGGUAUUUACUUUCUGAAUUUAGGGUUCCUAGGAUCAGUUUUUGACCUUUUAUUUUUUGAACAUUUGUGCUUCUUGUACAAUUCAUAGAAUGUUCAAGGAUUUCUUGUAAAUGUAUUUUGUUUGAAGAAAGGAAGUUUUUUUUUUGGGUGGUUGAGUUAUGGCUGAAAUUAGGCUUACUAGGGUAGAACAAGGGCAAACCAAGAUUAGAAAUGUCCCAAUUGCUGUAACCCCAGAAGGUUUCUGGUGUUGCCCAUCUCCUGUUGUGUUUCAAAAGACUCUCAAAACUCAAAAUCCCUUGAACAAACCCAAGCCUUCUUCACCUCCACACAAGACCACUGUCCAGAGAAAACAUAACCCAAUGACUGAGAGAAAACCACCCUUUACCCCAUCAAGGUCAGCCCUUAUCUCUGAUGGUCAACGACCUCUCAACCCUGAGACCACGGAUGCACCUGCUCUUAGUGCAUCUGUGGCUGCCGAGAGAGCCCCGAAACCGAAAAUCGAAACCUUGCCGAGGAAGGUGGCGAUUGAGUUUGGUGAGCCCGGGACUAGUGAUAUGAAGGUGAUUCUGCUUGGGAAGCAGGGGUUUUGUGUGAAGUUGAGUGUUCACAAGAAUGUUCUUGUGGAGCAUUGCAGUUUCUUUGCUGAUAAACUCUCCGAACAACAACAGUCUGGCUCGUCAAGUCUCGAGAUUGAUGAUUGCGAAGAUGUUGAAAUCUAUGUUGAAACUGUGGGACUGAUGUAUUGUAAAGAAAUGAGGCAGAGGCUGAUCAAGCAAAGCGUCUCUCGGGUACUCCGAAUUCUGAAGGUUGCAGAACAACUUGGUUUCAACUCAUGUAUACACUCAUGUUUAGAAUACUUGGAAGCAGUCCCGUGGGUUGGGGAAGAAGAAGAAGAGAAAGUCGUCUCAUCAGUCCUACGACUCCAAGGUGAGGGUAUUGGGGUAGCUCCGGUGUUGAAACGAGUCUCCUCUGAAAUUUCCAGACCCCCAAAAGAUACACUUUGCCAAAUAAUUGAACUUGUUCUCAAGAGUAACGAUGAGAGAAGCCGUCGUGACAUGAAAUCCGUAGUCCUGAAGCUCCUCAGGGAAAACAGUGGUCUCCUGAGCUAUGCACGUUCUGCUGACAUCUGUAAUGAAACUAUUUAUAGCUCAUGCAAGAGCUGCUUCGACUCAUUGCUGUCUCUGUUCAAGCAGGCAACAGAGCCUGAGUUUUCCGAUAAGCCUAUGGAUAUCAAAGAACCUGUGUUGAAGCAAAUAGCUUUAGAGUCUGAUAAUCUCUCGUGGUUGCUUGAGAUCUUAGCUGACAGGCAAGCAGCAGAUGAAUUUGCCUUAACAUGGGCAAGCCAGCAAGAAUUGGCAGCCUUACAUGGAAAGCUGUCUAUUGUGUCUCGUUAUCAUAUCAGCUGCAUUACAGCAAGACUAUUCGUUGGCAUUGGAAGAGGGGAACUUCUGCCAUCAAAGGACACUCGUCAGCUGCUGUUACAAACCUGGCUACAGCCAUUGAUCAACGACUACAGUUGGUUACAACAUGGCUGCAGGUCAUUUGACCGGAAGGUUGUCGAAGAAGGAAUCGGUAGGACAAUCCUCACCCUGCCUCUAGAGGACCAGCAGAGUAUUUUACUCUCUUGGUUGGGCAGUUUUCUGAAGGCUGGUGAUAACUGCCCAAAUCUUCAGAGAGCUUUCGAGGUUUGGUGGAGAAGGACCUUUGUUAGGCCAUAUGUUGAACCACAAGGAAAUUCUUUCCAGUCAGAUAAGUAAAAGAUCAUGACAUAGUAGAGAAGUAAAGCAAUGGUAGAGUGAUGAGUGAGAGUGAGAAAUAAUGAUUUGUAAAUCUUAUUAUGUUGCUGAAAAUUAUUCCACAUUAUGUGAUGUUCAUGGCAACGUGAAUGAUAAAAAAGAGUGAAGGCAGUGAAAAGAGAAGAUAUGGGUUGGGCGUAUUCCCUUUUUAUUGUUAAGAGCUGACAUGGGAAGUUGCUCAAAAAGGAUAUGGUGUUUAUUGGCAAACUGCUUCUGUUUCAUGAGCCUGGGGUUCGCUCAUUGGCUGAUGUAAAAUUUUCUUGGAAAACUGUAAGCUGAAGUUCGAGUGGGUUUUUAUUUUUAUGAAAUAUGAAUGAAUGAAAGAAUAUCGAUGGAA